AUGCAUAAGUUCAACGCCCAACCAAGCGCUUCCUACCAGCCUCUCGGGCCGCGGUCAGAGGGGGAAGUCAUUGAUGAACGACAAUUCCAGUUCAAUACUUACUCGGCCGUCGAAGGUGCUAAUCAUCCUCAAUUCCAUGAAACUCGGAAGGAAGAUGUGAAACUCAAGACUACUAUCAGAAUUCUACGAUUCGUUUCCCGGCUCGCUGCAACGGCAAUCGCCAUCGUCACAGCUUCCCAAGAAGCCGUAACAUUUGCUACUUACCUCAAGACACGCAAUACUCAACGUGACGGUCGAAAGCCUUGGGCGACGGAAACAUCUCUCUGGCCUACUAUUAUGUUGCUGGUAAUCUCAGCCAUUACCGCCAUACUGGGGCUCAUGAUCGUUAUCGCCUAUCUUAUAAGCAUAAAAAAGGCCAAUGCGAUUAGCUCCGUACAGACCGUUGCGAGUGUGAUCAUAGAAAUAACCCAUAUUAUCAUUUGGAUAAUCGUCGCUAUUCUGUACCGUGUGGGUAAAACAGGAAAGGACCUUUGGGGUUGGGCAUGUUCUCCUUUGGCUGAGAAUAUACAGCCUAGCUUUGACAAUGUGGUGCAUUUCAACAAAGUUUGUGCCAGAGGAUCCUCUUCAUGGCAUCUUGCCCUCGUAAGUGCUAGUGUGCAAAUACUCAGUGGCGUUGUCUGGUACUUUGUGUUCCGAAGACUGAAGGUGCAGAAGAAAAUUAAGAGUUUUGGUUAA